CGGACUCGACGGUGAUUGGUUUCCGCUCAGACAACCUCCAGCCGACCAGCCUCCGUCUAGCCACCUUUGCCUGUCAAUCAAACUGGCGACUCUAAGCCAAUCGCAUUUCGCGACAUUCCAGAGGGGGCGGGACUCCGGCGCUUCCUCUCACAGCAGGACUGUUUCCUGGUCGUUGCUAGCAACCUGCCGCCUGCAACUUCGCCUGUCCACGUCCCCCCCCCCUCACCCUCACCCCCCCGCUCAUGCACGGACGUUUCUCGGCCGGUGUGUUUUUCGACACGUGCGUGGGGAUGGAGCCGCGUCGACCCUGAGAGCAGUGUGUGACCCCCGGCUCCGCGCGGUGCCCGCCCGGCCGCCCGGCGCUCCGUGUGUCCCUCCGCCUGCUCUCUGACCGCCCGGGGUGGCAGUCCGGCCUCCAGCCGCGGCUGCGAAUUAACUUCCGUUUCCCAGCGUCGCCUCGCUCUGUUUUAUUUCACGAAGAUGGCAGCGAGGGGGACCCUGUGAACUAAAUGACUGUCAGAAACAUCGCCUCCAUUUGUAAUAUGGGCACCAAUGCCUCCGCUCUGGAGAAAGACAUCGGCCCGGAGCAAUUCCCAAUCAAUGAGCACUACUUUGGAUUGGUCAAUUUUGGAAACACAUGUUACUGUAACUCGGUGCUGCAGGCCCUCUACUUCUGCCGGCCUUUCCGGGAGAAUGUGCUGGCCUACAAAGCCCAGCAGAAGAAGAAGGAGAACCUGCUCACCUGCCUGGCUGACCUCUUCCAUUCCAUCGCCACGCAGAAGAAGAAAGUGGGCGUCAUCCCGCCCAAGAAGUUCAUCUCCCGGCUGCGGAAGGAGAACGAUCUGUUUGACAACUACAUGCAACAGGAUGCCCACGAAUUCCUCAACUACCUGCUGAACACGGUGGCGGACAUCCUGCAGGAGGAGAAGAAGCAGGAGAAGCAGAACGGGCGUCUGAAGAACAACGGCACGGCCGUCGCCACCGACAACGAGAUGGAGAACAAGGCGGAGCCCACGUGGGUGCACGACAUCUUCCAAGGCACACUGACCAACGAGACGCGCUGCCUCAACUGUGAAACGGUGAGCAGCAAGGACGAGGACUUUCUGGAUCUCUCGGUGGAUGUGGAGCAGAACACAUCAAUAACCCACUGUCUCAGGGACUUCAGCAACACAGAGACUUUGUGCAGUGAAUAUAAAUACUACUGUGAAACGUGCUGCAGCAAGCAGGAAGCACAGAAACGGAUGCGCGUGAAGAAGCUUCCGAUGAUCCUGGCGCUCCACCUCAAGAGGUUCAAGUACAUGGAGCAGCUGCACCGCUACACCAAACUGUCCUACCGAGUGGUUUUCCCUCUCGAGCUGCGCCUGUUCAACACAUCCGGGGACGCGGUCAACCUGGACCGCAUGUACGACCUGGUGGCGGUGGUGGUCCACUGUGGAAGUGGCCCCAACAGAGGGCAUUACAUCACCAUAGUGAAGAGUCAUGGCUUCUGGCUGCUGUUUGACGAUGACAUCGUGGAGAAAAUCGACGCCCAGGCCAUUGAGGAGUUUUACGGCCUUACCUCAGACAUUUCCAAGAACUCCGAGUCGGGAUACAUCCUCUUCUACCAGUCCAGGGAGUGACGCUGACCGGUGGAUCAGUGGCGUGGGAGACGACUGAAAAGGAGAAAAGACCUUUUUCUUCUACCUUCUGCAUAGCGGGCUUAGACUCCUGCCAUCUCCUCCUCAUCCUCCUUUCUGACACACGUGCCAAUCCUCUGUCCUCAUCUCAUCAUCUGGGUUUAACCUAUGCGUCUCCUCUUUUUCUCUUUCCCUUUCUCUGUGUCGUUUCACUCUUGUCUUUUAGUCACCUGCAUUCGGGCGGCACUUUAAAACAAAAGCAAAAACGCUCAACGGCAUGAUAGAAACAAAGUUUAAAAAAAACAACAAAAAAAGGAACACCAAGCUGAGGCUUGGCAUUGCUGCUGGGAGAAAGCUGCAGAGCUGAGGCGUCUGGUGCACAAACCAGAAGUUUGUAGAGAAUUGUACGAUAUCAGUUGUGUGUGUAUAUAAGGUUUUCUUUCAUUAUGUCCAAUCAGAGUUCCUUUCAUUGGGCCUACAGCCUCCCCCUUGUAUGUCCAGUCCUUUGUCGCGUCCAUGUCCCCAACGGGUGCAUGAGACCUGAACAAAACUUGGAGACAAACACUGUAUAUUAUUAUUAUUAUUAUUAUUAUUAUUAUUAUGAAAGAUUUGAAGCUGAACAAAAACAAAACUAAUUGAAAACCAGCUAAAAUUUGAAACGUCCUUCGGAUCUUAAAAAGAUCAGAACUUUUAACACUAUAAUUGAGCCGCAGACUUAAGACAACUCAUGAAAAGCUGCUGAGACUUUAUAUUUUUAUUCAGAAGGUGAAACCCCUAUUUAUUGAAAAUGAGCAUAUUUAUUGUUAUUUUUUUUAAUGUUAGAUGAAAGAUAAUGAAGGCGUGCAUAAGCUCCUAGAUUGAAGGACAUUGUGUACAUAAAAACACAACUUUAUAGGACAGCUGAAGCACUUUGAAGUGCGCGUGUUAAAUAAAAGAAUAGACAUUUAAUACAAUUUUAAAGGCAAACAUCCCACAACUGCCUGAUAAUUUCAUUUGUUUAGUUUUUUCAAAUUCCGCAAUGCACAAUGAAGAAAUCCAGUUUGGAAACUUAAUUAAUUUGUGAAUUUAAUUAUGAGUAGCUACUCAUCUUCGGUUCUAACCACGCGCAAAACACACUACAGCAUACAUUCAUUAAUGAAGGAGAAAGUGCACUCUGACAAUUUUACAGUUUUACUUAUCAGGAUAUAAGAGGACAGAAUUCCUCUUCAUCGGAUUUUAGAGAAAACCUCUGUCAAACAACAUGCUGCACUGUGAUUCUUAUCAUUCUAAGCAGAAACUGAACCAAAAUGUAGAAUGAGUGUGAAAAACUCUGUACAGCCGGUCCUUCAUGAGGCUGAAGAGCCACCUUUAUCAGCGCUGUCCACUCACAUCUGUCCAGAUCUCCUGGGCUUUGUUCAGAUGGAACUUUGGAAAUGUAGCUGCAAUCUUUUUUUCCUCUUUUUAAAGGGAGGGGACGUCCUUUUCCAAACAAGCCAUACUCAUGUAGUCUUUUUCUAAUGGGACUAUUAUGAAUUUGAACAUUUAGCAUGCCCUGGAAAAGCCUUCAGGCUAUGAGACCUGGCUCUUUUUUUAAGGCUUUUCUGCGCAGUCUUAACUUUUUUUCCCACUGUUUGAAGUUUCAAAAA